CUUUCACCUCCGUUCCACCAACCCGAAUCGGUUCUGUACAAUCUCAUAAAUUUCAAAUUUCACAUUGAAACUCAAAUCAGCGAAGCAACUGGAUCAAUGAUUAUCAAUAAUUUAAUCGAGAUGCAAAGCGCUUAUAUUAUUAUUUACGUCUUCUAGCUCACCAUUAAGAAGAAACUCCCAAAAUUGAAGGAAGAGAAAAUCCAAAGCCAAAAACCAAAAACUAAACUCUUCUUCUUCUUAUUGUUCUUGUUUUGAGCCGAAAGAAUAAGGGCGUGGUUCGAUAUUGUAAAAUUAAUGGCUCACUCAAUGAGGAGUGGCGGUGGGAAGUACUAUGCGGUGGGGGAUUACAUGGUUGGGAGGCAAAUAGGGUCGGGAUCAUUUUCAACGGUUUGGCAUGCGCGCCACCGAGUUCACGGUAUCGAGGUGGCAAUUAAGGAGAUCAUCACCGCCAAGUUGAAUUUGAAGCUACAGGAGAGCCUCAAGUCCGAGAUAUUCAUCCUAAAGAAAAUCAAUCAUCCUAACAUCAUCCGUUUGCAUGAUAUGAUCGAGGAACGUGAUAAGAUAUAUAUCAUUUUGGAGUACUGCAAAGGGGGUGACCUAUCAAUGUAUAUUCAACAACGCCUAGGAAGAAUCCCUGAAGCAACUGCAAAGAUCUUUAUGCAGCAACUUGCGGCAGGUCUUAAAAUAAUGCGUGAAAACAACCUUAUACAUCGGGAUUUAAAACCCCAGGUUCCCAUUUGACUGGUGCAAUGGAGC